CGUCAUCAUUCGUCGACGCGCUUUGCGUAUUUUCCGGUUGUUAGGUGCACGGACUGCACUGUGGUGAUGCGAGAAAUAUCCGAGGAAAUUAGAUAGUCAGGGCAGGGGCACUAUGGUCUGAUGGACCGCCGCUUCUUCCUGACCUUCCUAAUCUGCUCCGCACUGUGGAUCUUCUUCUGGGAAGUGCGCUGGAAGAAAGGCAAAGACGGUCAGAUUGAGGAAUGGCUACGAGGACACCGUCUCUCUCAUUACAAGCAUUUGUUUGAAGAUGUGCAGACACUGGAGGAGCUAAGUCUGAGUGUACUGAGUCGCUUGGAAGAGGUGGUGAAGGAACAACAGAGCUGGAGGGAAAUCGCUGAGGCUCACAUUCGACUGCUCCGAGACUUUGCCUUUCAGGAGUGGCUUUGUUCUCAGAACCUAGGACAUUUUUACAAAACGCUGAAGACUUUGGGUUAUAUGAAUCUGGACGAUCUGUCACAGUUCAACAGUCAGCUGCCCCUUUCCCUGGCCGCCUGGGGGUACUACUACGAAGACUACGUCAGGUUGUCCACCGGCAUCAAGAUCCUCCGGACCUCACGGAGAAGUCGUGACCAGGACUACGAAAUCCAGUUGGUGCGCAGUCUUGCUGAAAGGCGUCUGAAUGAGAAGUGGUCAUUCGCGGGUGCGCUCCUAUUCGGCUGUACUGUGGCACUGUGCUUCUUGAUAAGGGACCUCAUGUUUUACGUGAUUGGUGGAAUUACUGUUUCCAUCAUUGCAUUUGUCUUCACCAUCAAGUUCCUGUGUGAGCUUGCAGCCCGGGUUGUCAGCUUCCUGCAAAAUGAGGAUCCGGGCCGGCGCGGCGACCGCAGCAUCUACGACUAUGUGCGGGGCAACUACCUGGAUCCGCGCUCCUGCAAAGUGUCCUGGGAUUGGAAGGAGCCACAAGAAGUGGGGCAGACGAUGAGCUUCAGAGUCCAACUGUUCUACAAGAACGGCCAACCUUUCCCGGCACAUCGGCCCGUUGGCUUGAGGGUCAACAUUACCCACAUUGAAUUGGCUCUGGAUAUCCCUGUUACACAGGAGGUCUUAGUAGAAACAGAGUCACACGUGGUCAAAGUCACUUUUACCGUGCGCAAGGCUGGCCGCUACGAAGUCGCCGUCAAACUUGGUGGCCUCAACGUGGCCUACAGCCCUUAUUAUAAAAUCUUCCAGCCAGGUACAGUCGUCCCAUCCAAGACCAAGAUAGCCUACCAUUUCUCCACGCUGGUGCUAACACACAGCAAGGUGCACACACUGCAGAUUGAGCCCAGAGAUGAAUAUGGAAACCCCACCAGUAACUCCACAUCACUCACAGAUGAGGUCAACUACAGCCUUCACAUGCACUCUCUGGGCACGGUGGAUGACGACAGCAUGGAGGGCAUCUUCAGUAAGACGGUGGCCCUCAAUAAGCAGCAGUGUCAGGUUCUGAUGAAAUUGACCUUGUGGAAGACCGGUUGCUUCAGGGCCCGCAUCGCUUAUAUGGAUCAGCCGCUCAGCAAUGGGGAAUUUGACAUUAUUGUUCUCAAUGAGAAUGAGAAGGCCUACGUGGAGAAGAAUGUGUCCACUCCGGGCAACAGCAUCUACUUUGAGGCAUACCUCUACAGCAACGGGAACUACAGCAGCUCGCCGUGGCAACUACCCCCCUCCUCUUUGCUGGCUCCACAGAGGAGGCCAUCCAUGGGGGAGGAAGAGGACGAGCACGACUCUCCUGUGGAGGGCCAAUCGGAGAAAAUCAAGAAACCAAAAAAGGUCUACUGUUACAUAUCGUCAAAGCAACUAUCUGUGAAGGAGUUUUACCUGAAAAUUAUUCCAUGGCGCCUUUUCACUUUUAGAGUUUGUCCUGGAACAAAGUUUACCUAUCACGGUCUGGACCCCGUUCACAAGUAUUUGACGCUCGUGGUGGAUGAUGGAAUACAGGCACCUGUGGAGCUCACUUGCAAAGAAAGAAACAUCAUGGCUGCCACCUUCAUCCGCUUUCUUCACAAAAACCUAGGCGGCUCCGAAACGUUCCAGGACAAGGUGAACUUCUUUCAACGUGAACUCAGGCACAUUCACUCAAGGCGACCUCGCACCAAGAUCUGCCUAAAAAUCAUCCGGCACUCCAUUCUUGAUUCAUCCCUGAAGGCAACGCGGAACUUCUCAGUGUCAGAUUGGAAUAAAAACUUUGAGGUGCUCUUUCACGAUGAGGAAGCUCUGGACUGGGGAGGGCCUCGCAGGGAAUGGUUUGAACUGAUAUGCAAGACUCUCUUCGACACGUCCAACCAGUUGUUCACCCGCUUCAGUGACAACAACCAGGGCCUGGUGCACCCAAAUGCCGAGCGACCGGCACACUUGCGACUGAAAAUAUACGAGUUUGCCGGCCGCGUCGUCGGGAAGUGCCUGUACGAGUCUGCGCUCGGCGGGGCUUACAAGCAACUAGUCCGAGCUCGCUUCACGCGCUCUUUCUUGGCCCAAAUCAUUGGUCUCAGGAUGAAUUACAAGUACUUUGAAACGGAUGAUCAAGAGUUGUACAAGACCAAAGUGUGUUUCAUCUUGAACAACGACGUGAGCGAAAUGGACCUGGUGUUUGCUGAGGAGAAGUACAACAAGUUGGGACAGCUGGAAAAGGUGGUGGAGCUGAUCGCAGGCGGAGCCCAAAUUGCAGUUACCAAUGAAAACAAGAUUCAUUAUCUCAACCUGCUGGCCCAAUAUAGACUGGCCAGUCAGGUGAGGGAUGAGGUGGAACACUUCCUGAAAGGUUUGAAUGAAUUGGUUCCAGAAAACCUGCUAGCCAUAUUUGAUGAGAACGAGUUGGAGUUGCUGAUGUGCGGCACUGGUGACAUAAACGUGCAAGACUUCAAGGCCCACGCCGUAAUCGUGGGCGGAUCGUGGCAUUUCCGGGAGAAGGUGAUGAAGUGGUUCUGGGCUGUGGUAUCCAGCUUCACUCAGGAGGAGCUGGCUCGCCUCCUGCAAUUCACCACCGGCUCCUCGCAGCUGCCCCCCGGAGGCUUCAACACGCUGUGCCCCUCUUUCCAGAUCAUCGCCGCCCCCACACAAAGUACCCUGCCCACCGCACACACCUGUUUCAACCAGCUGUGUCUCCCCACCUACGACUCGUACGAGGAGCUGCACAAGUUGCUGAAGCUGGCCAUCAGCGAGGGCAGCGAAGGUUUCGGGAUGCUCUGACGGUACUCUGGAGAGACCGGCCACUCGUCAAACCCCUUGCAAAGACUCGUUAGGACGGGAAGGGGUCGCAGGAAAGCUCCCAGACGACUGCGCUGGAAUCCUAUGAACUGGUGUAUGUACAUAAAAACUUUUCUAUUAGGAACCCACAAACUGUAGAAAAAGAGGCUAGAAUUUGAGCUUAUCUGAUUUUUCUGGAUGACACUAGAGCAAAAAGGCCUUGAGUAUUAUUGUACAAACUGAGGAAGACUAAAGUUGAGGCAGCAAACUCACAUGGGAUGUGGCUGCCGUCUGCAUCGCGAGCACUUUGGCCUUAAACCAUCAGGGACUUGACACGUGUUUGUAAAUAUAUACCGUCGCUUUUAUUUACUUGUACAUAUACACGUGUGCACACGGGAGGAUUAGGGCCACACAAAAUAAAACUAACAUUGGAAAACGAGACGAAAAUUAGUCUGAAAAAAAAAGAAGCCAUAAUAACUGAAGAAUAAGGUUGAAAUUUCAUGAGGUACUUUCAUCAGUAAAGGUGAACUAUUUGAUAAUAAACAAAUUCAUGUCAUCAAGUUGAGUAUGUUAGGGUUCCACUAGUUUUACUUAGUUCCACUUACAUUCUGAUUUAAUUGUUUAACAAUGAACAAUAUGACCGGUCUCAUGCUUGUACAAUUUAAUUCCAGUUAUACACCAUUUUUUUUCAGAACCUUAUAACGUCGUUCCUGAAAUAGAAUAAUAAUCAUCUUUAUUACUUUAGUCAAAACAAUUUUCUUUUUCUUUUUCCUCGUAACAUUCUGGCUUUACGUUGAUAGAUUUCUUUUCAAGUGUGGUCUUAAUACUCCUUUUGUGUUUAAACACAGCGGACGUUUUCCUCUCAUGUGACCUUUUAUGAAGAAGGGUUUUGAUUCAUUUGAAAGUUUAAUAUAUUGACAGCUUUUUUGGGGGUGGCGUCACAUUUAGAAGAACCCACUCUCUUGUUUGUGUCUGUUUUUAGCUUGUUGUGUUUCCGAGGAAAUAUUUUAUGUUGACCCACCCUUCUGUUUUAGGAGCGGUAACGGGUUUUGUGUUGAGUAUUUUUUUAAAGGCUGCCUUAUCCAUGCUUGGCCUCUGAUUGUAUCCAGAGACGUGUACAGGUGAGCGGCACGGUCGAAAACAAAUUGUUAGAUAGCACGCAGGGCUUAACAAGGCGUGUUUUCUUUUUUUUUUUUGUACCACUCCCGGCCUUUUAUGGCUUUACCUCAGCAUCUCCUAUUGGCCGCCUAUGCAUCACAUGACACAAGUGUACAGUGGCUUUGAGCAAACGCACAGUUUUCAUAGCUGCCUCCUUUCCCGCAGUACACACCUCGUUGUUGAUCCCGCCCCAAGCUAUUUAUUUUUAGAAGAAUCUUCCCUAUCUUAAAUACUGCUGAGUUGAAAUGUAACAAUAGAUGUAAAUUCAUAAAGACAAACGUGAGGAUGCUCCCAGCUCCCCUCAAGGAUACUGAAUGUAGUAUUUCAAUUUAAGCAUCUAAGAGAUCUUAACACCAGAGCGAAGCAAAUAUUAUUUUUUUUACGGAAAGCUUUUGUUUUGUGCAAUGUAGGUUUAUUAAAAAAAAAAAAGGUUUUUAUGUGCUUAACAUGUAACCUCAGCACUAUUGUAGUGUACUAAUAGGUUUUUUUGUUUUCCAAACUUCUAAAGCCCCAAUGAACUGAAUUAAGAAAAAACAUGGAGUUGUGCAUUAGUGAUUUCAUGACCGCUGACUGCUCUAGUAACGUUCUUUUUUUUUUUAAAUAGGUUUUAGAUUUCUUUUUUUCCCAGAUAUUUAUUUCUUCCCUCUUCCCCAGUAAUUUUUUUUUUUUAUAUUGCCGAGUGUCAUCACUCCAGCCUUCACCAGAGCUCUUUACAGGAUAAAAAUCAAACAAAACAUUUGAAGAAAAGAAAUCUAAAACCUGCUCAAGUUUCUUAAUGAUUGCUAGAUUAGACAUCUUGUGGACUGUUAGCUGUUUAUAUUUCACCUAUAUAAUAUGACAUUUAAGAUAAGGCGCUUAUUUUUUUUUUACAGCAGGCCUCUGAUGAUGAAUGUUUGGGAUUUCCUGUAGUUGCUUUGUUAAUGAGAAUAAAAAUAACAAAACAAUGGA